AUGAGUUUUGGCUUUGGAGUCGGUGACUUUCUAGCAGUUCUCAAACUAGCCAAUGACGUGAAGGACCGCUUUGCACAGGCGCCAAAGGCGUACAUGGCCAUCUACCAAGAAGUCGAGCUCCUAUCUACCAUAUUACAUCGCAUAGAGUGUCUGGACGAAAAUGAUUUCGAGGAACAAGCAAAAGAUAUGGAAAAGGUCUUGACCAACUGCCAGGAUCUUCUUGGAGAGCUCAGGAUCAAGCUGGACAAUUUCGAAGUGCUGGCGAAUGAUUCGACCCCCGACUGGAACAAGAAAGCUCAGCGGGCCUGGAAGAGGAUCAAAUGGGAUCAGAAGGAAAUAAAAGACUUUCGAUCUCGCAUCGUGUCUAACAUAUCACUGUUCAAUCUUUUAGUAGGCUGUAACAAUCAAAGCUUGAUGGUGGAAAGAACGCGCGGCAUCGAGGCAAAGCAGGACUUCGUUAUCCAAAGGCAAGACGAAUGGGAACGAGAAAAAGUUCUAUCCUGGAUCAGUCGAAGCAGCCCAGCAGCAAGACAAAGCGAGGUUUUGAAAUCUCGCCAAGAGGGAACAGGAACAUGGGCGCAGGCAAAAACUGUCCUUGCAUCUACCAUCAUCGACCAUCUGGAACACUCCUUUUCCAAUCAAGACAAUGUCGGGGUAGCAUACUACUUCUGCGACUAUCGCCAGGAGCAGACACUACUUGGCAUCUAUUCUGCCAUUCUUCGACAGCUUCUACAGCGACAGCCAUCGAUACCUGAGCACGUCAGCUCACUAUACAAGAAGCUCACACAGCAAGAUAGCCGCCCGUCGAAGGAUGAAGUGUUCGAAGCAUUACAAGUCACCAUCUCGAAAUACAACAGAACUUUCAUUAUCCUGGACGCGCUUGAUGAAUGUCCGUUAUCUGAUUCUCUAGAAGGCGCUCGCUUUUCAUUCCUUCACAAGAUUGUCAGUCUACCAGAUCAGGCAAAUGUCAGCCUCCUUUCAACAUCUCGAUUAGAUCAAGAAGUUUUAGCCUGUUUCGAGAACGGGGCUUCUAUGGAGAUAGAAGCUGCACGGGAAGAUAUCCAAGAGUAUAUUAACGUGCGCAUCAAUGACCUUCGUCCUUUUGUUCGCCGCCGGCCAGGGCUUGUGCAGGACAUCAAAGACGAAAUCACAGAUGCUGCUCGGGGAAUGUUUCUCCUUGCCCGUCUUUAUAUCAAUCUGCUCACAGAUCAACCAAAUGAGAAGGGAGUUCGAACAAUGUUGGAGCAUUUUCGCAGCGGUUCCCGCCCCAAUGUUUACCAAGAUGCCUAUGACCAGACGGUGACAAGGAUGGAGAGUCAAGGCGCAGAUGCUCUUGAACUCUCAAAGAAAACGAUAGGUUGGAUCAUGAACGCGAAAGAGCCGCUCACUGUUGACAAGAUCGAGCAUGCCCUUGCUAUCGAAAUUGGGUCCUCCGAAUUUGAUAAGACAAACAUUACCGACAUCAAACAGAUAACUUCAUAUUGUUGUGGUCUAGUUGUGGUCGACACUGAAACGAAUCAUGUUAAGCUUGUCCAUUAUACUACACAGAAAUACUUUGAAGGAACGAUGGGAUCGUGGUUCCCUCAGAUCCAUCAGAUAAUCACCGACAGUUGUCUCACAUUUCAAAGGAAGAACACCCUUCCUAUGGCGGUGGCAGGGAAUCAGGAAGCGACGCUAAAGUUCCUGUUAGAUCACGGCGCCAACAUUAGUUCUUGUGAUGACUUCGGCAGGACUGCCUUGCACUCAGCCGCCCGGGGUGGCUAUAAAGCAGCUGUCCAACUGCUUUUGGACAAUGGAGCCAGCGUUGAUUUUCAAAGGAACAACGGGGAAACCCCGUUGCACUCAGCCGCCCGGGGUGGCCAUGAAGCAGUGAUCCAACUGCUAUUGAACAAUGGGGCCAGCGUUGAUUUCCAAAGUAACAUUGGCGAGACCCCUUUACACUUAGCCGCCUUGUGGGGCUGUGAAGCAGUUGUCCAACUGCUAUUGGACAAUGGAGCCAGCAUUGAUUCUCAAAAGAAGGAUGGCGAAGCCCCAUUACACUCAGCCGCCUUGGGUGGUCAUGAAGCAGUUGUCCAACUGCUAUUGGACAAUGGAGCCAGCAUUGAUUCUCAAAAGAAGGAUGGCGAGGUCCCAUUACACUCAGCCGCCCAGGGUGGCCAUGAAGCAGUUGUUCAACUACUGUUGGACAAUGGAGCCAGCGUUGAUUCUCGAAGUAGUCAUGACGAGACCCCUUUACUCUGGGCCGCCUUGGGUGGCCAUGAAGCAGUUGUCCAACUGCUAUUGGACAAUGGAGCCAGCAUUGAUUCUCGAAGUAAUUAUGGCGGGACCCCACUGAACUUAGCCACCAUGUGUGACCAUGAAGCAGUGAUCCAACUGCUAUUGGACAAUGGAGCCAGCGUUGAUUCCAAGGAGAAUUUUCCGGCCAUGCACCGUUAA